AUGGAAGACGAAAACUUAUUCGAAAUCUACUUACUGCUCAACCUCAUCCCGCUGGCAUAUAUAAUUUGUUUUAUUUGCCUUUAUAUAUAUCAUUAUAGGGAUGGAAAAAGCAGGUCCAGGUAUCUUUCGAAGUCACUUUUAGUUAAGUCAGUAUGCACAGUUCUUAUGAUUUUCUUUAGCCUCCUCCACACAUUGGAAGCUUAUUUUUCUGAUGUCCAUGAAGAUAGUGUUCGAUAUGCAAGGAUAACCUUCUUCUCUAUGAUGGCUAUUUCAUGGCUGCUUAGUCUAUAUCUACUCAUAUUUGAAUAUCAAAGAUGGAUAGCAUCGCCGUGUAUAGGCAACAAGUGGUUCUGGACAACAAAUCUUUUUUCCCAAGGUAUCAUGUCUUUGCUUCAUUUUACCUGCGAAGAAAAAUCAGUCUCAAUAUGGAACUGUACACAUGCUUGCGUUUUGAUUUUAGGAAUCGCUACAUGCCUAAUUCUUUCUGCUUUGGCUAUAUUUAGGCCUGACGAAAAUUUUCUUAUCAGCAAUGAGCCAUUGCUUUAUGCGUCAAAUAAUUCUUUCAAAAAACAAGUUUAUAUGCGCAAAAACUCACUUCAUGAUAAUACUCACGACCCACAAAUGAAGACGUUUAUCAAAGAGUGUAAAGUGAAAACUGAAGGGAACACGCAGGUCGUUUACUUCAGGAUACUUACUGUUGCUGAUGGAGAGGCCAUCAGUGUUUUAAGGACACCACAAAAUUUUGAAAUGCUCCAUAAGAGCUUAAAAUUGAAAUUCCCUGUCGAAGAUUUUCCAUCAAUGGAACUUCCAGCUUUUCCGAGUUUUACUGCUUCUCCUCCUUCGCUUGAUUUAAGGAUGAAAGCGUAUAAUAAAUAUCUAGACGAACUAUGCAGACCAGAGUUUAUGGUGGAAGCUUUGAUGGACUUUUUAGAAAUCUAUGGGGAGCUUCGAGAUAGGUUUCUUGACUGCUACAAAUUAGUAUCUUAG